AUGAGACUCAACUUCGCUUACCCAGCCACUGGGCUCCAGAAGUCCUUCGAGGUCGAUGAGGAGAAGAAGCUCCGCGUGUUCUUCGAGAAGCGCAUGUCCCAGGAGGUCGCUAUCGAUUCCCUCGGAGAUGAGUGGAAGGUAUUAUUCGCGUUUCUUCUGAAUCUCUCAAAACCGUUUUUUUUUCUUCAGGGAUACGUCGUCAGAAUUGGCGGAGGAAACGACAAGCAGGGAUUCCCAAUGAAGCAGGGAGUUCUCACCAACGGACGCGUUCGUCUCCUUCUCAAGAAGGGACAGUCGUGCUACCGUGAGCGCAAGUCCGGAGAGCGCAAGAGAAAGUCGGUCCGUGGAUGCAUCGUCGAUGCUAACAUGUCCGCUCUUUCCCUUGUCAUCGUCAAGAAGGGUACGUUGAGGAACUAUUUUUAAUGGUUUCUCAUUCAAAUUUCGUUUUUCAGGAGAUAGUGAGAUCGAGGGACUUACCGACAAUGUGCUCCCACGCAAGCUCGGACCAAAGAGAGCCUCCAAGAUCCGCAAGCUCUUCAACCUCACCAAGCACGACGAUGUGACCAAGUACGUCAUCACCCACGAGAAGACCUUCCCGGACGGUAAGAAAACUUUCUUUUCUUAUCAGUUUCACCCUCUUCAUUUGCAGGAGUUGUCAAGACCAUUGCCCCGAAGAUCCAGCGCCUCAUCACUCCAGCCCGCAUCGCCAGAAAGAAGCACCUUCUCCGCCAGAAGGUCGCUCAGCGCCUGAAGAUCAAGGAAGAGGCUGCUGCUUACCACAAGCUCCUUGCCAAGUACUCCAAGGAAGAGCAUGAUGCCAAGAUCGCCCGCAGACGAUCCUCGGCCUCGCACCACUCCGAGUCGGAGACCAAGAAGACCGGAAAGAAGUAA